AUGAGAGAUGAAAUUGAUGUGCCUGUAGCUCAUCAAGUAAAAAAAAAUAAGACAGAAAUGCUUAUAUCACAAUUUUGGCUUAUUUUAUUAGCAUUGGUCAAAUUAUGCCUAUGUGUACCUACGGUAUCUGAUUUGGAAAAGAGACACUGGGGAAAUAAAGAGUGUAUUAGAAAUGCGUGCCCUGGACUCGAUUUCAAAUGGCGUAGUACAUACUAUGGGAUUAUGAAUUAUGACAUGAAUGUAAUUGGUGUGAAUUAUUUGGGGAAAGAUAGUUACGAAGUAACAAUCCAUGUCGUUGGUGACAAGCAAAUCCCGCUCAAGUUUCUGUACUCGUUGUCGAUCUCUAAUAUCGGAGGUCCAGAUAGAAUUGUUCCACUGCACCAUUGCGACAAGGGAAUUAAUAAGAUUGACAAUCCUACUGAUUUUACUGCGACUUUUGUAGUAAAUUCCAGGCCGGAUUUAUUCGGGCGUGUUUGGAUGCCAGACUUCAAGUUAGACUUCGAGUAUGUCCUUGGACCGGCACGUCAGUAUGCCAAGGAGUGGAAAUGGGGUAAAACGUCAUUUUCAUUGGCCAGUGGUUGUGAUCUGGCCGAUUUCUGGGGUCGUUCGUAUGCUGAUUUUCCUGGGUUUGUCUGGAACUACAAGGCGAGAUGCGGCGUAAAUCCUUCAUCCACGACAAUUACUAGUUUGAGUUUUUCAAGCAAGGAAACUCCUUCGACUGCUUCUGUUUCUACGUCUUCUGUGAGAUCUUCAGAAGUUACCUCAACAAGAUCAAUUUCAAGUGGAAUCUCAAGUAGUCAGUCCUCGCUGGGACCAGGUGGAUUUACUUCCAGGAGUUCGGGUACAACAGCUUCAACCAUUAGUUCUUUGCAACCAUCUUCAUCGAACACCGAACAUGGCUCUGCGACUGGUACAAGUGGUUCUGCAACCAAAAGCAGUUCAUCUUUUCUAUCAGCUGGCAUUUCGAGCUCUGCAAAGAUUUCGUCUUCUUCUAACGCAGCAGCCAGUUCGUCGAGCUCCCCAGUAAGACCGUCAAUCAUCAGCUCAGCUGCCACUUCCUCAAGUUCUUCAAAGAAACUUUCGAGUUCAAGCGAAGCAGCGAUCUCAUCUACUUCCUUUGAAAGAUCUUCGAUCACUGGCCCUUCCUCUGCAGCUCCAACAAAAUCUGGUAUAUCGUCGAAAGAUUCGGUCUCUACGAGCUUUGCUCAGAGAUCGUCAUCUUCUAGUGCGGCAGCUAGCUCAUCGGGCUCUCCUGUCAGAUCUUCAACCUUUAGCUCAUCCUCUGCAGCUCCAAUGGCAUCUAGUAUGUCGUCAAAAGACUCGAUCUCAACAAAGAUAUCGUCAUCUUCUAGUGCUGCAGUCAGCUCAUCAAGCUCUCCGGUGAGAUCUUCAGCCUUUAGCUCAUCUUCUGGUGCUUUAAGAACAUCUAGUAAAGACUCUGUCUCCACCUUCUCGAGCUCUUUUAAGAUGUCAUAUUCGUCUUCUAACGCAGCAGCCAGCUCGUCAGCAUCUCCAAUGAGAUCUUCAAUCAUCAGCUCAGCUGUCACUACCUCGGAAUCUGUAAAGAGACCUUCGUCUUCUAGUGCAGCAGCUAGCUCAUCAGGUUCUCCAGUUAGAUCUUCGAUUAUCAGCUCAGCUUUCACUUCGUCGGCGUCUGCAAAGAGCCCUUCAUCUUCUAACGCAGCAGCCACUUCGUCGAGCGGUGUGAAGAAGUCUUCAACCUCUGCUUCGGCGGCUGCCAGCUCAAGUGGCCCAGGCUCAGCAUCACCUGGCUUCUCUACGAAAGAUUCGGAUGCCACUUUCUCAAGCAAUAUGAAAGAACCAUCCGUCACCUUUGGCUCAUCUCUCAAAACCGGUGAAUAUUUUUCCACCAGUUCUUAUCUGAAACCAUCAACAGACUCAAGUAGAAAUGCAGCCACCUCUUUGUCAACCGAGAGUUCAGCAAAGCAAUUGCCAAGUUCCUCUGAUUCUUCGAAGAGGACUUCCACAACAAAACCUUCUACCCCAUCAGAUACAGAGAUAAUUACAUCACACUCUAGUUCUUCAAAAAAUGCAGGUACUACUCACUUGGAUACUGUGACCUACUCGACAACUGUAUAUUCCCCAUGGGAAGGUGCCUUCACAAGUACCUAUUUCACCGAAAGAAGGACGGUUCCAGCUCAGAGCGGAUAUGUUGGAGAGGAAGUGAUCUACUUUGUUGAGACUCCCUCUGCCCGUUAUCAAAAUACGACGGUUAAUCCUUCAUCAAGUCGCCAAUCAUCUGAUUCAGCAAAAUCAACUGUAAGAACGGUAUCUUANNNGGGUAUGAGUUCACUUACAACUUCUUCCAACACCGGUUCAACUGGACCGUCAUCGGUCAUCAGUCCAUCAGCUGUUGUCUCAUCGGCUACAAGCGUGCCAUCAGCUAAAGGGUCUUCCACAAACAGUGGAUCAUUGACCAAAACACAGGUUACGACCUCCGUUGCUAGCUCAUUAGCAUCAUCUUCCAACUUCUAUCCAUCUAGUGUCAGUUCUGCUGUGAGAUCCUCAUCAGCAGCGGCUCCAUCUGUUGCAAGCUCCUCAAUAGCCAGCGCUUCAAGGUCUUCUUCCACUGUCAAUACACCAUCCAGUUCUGCUUUGAGAUCUUCAUCAGCAAGCGCUACUCGUUCAGUGAGCAGAAAUUCAGUCUCAAUCUCGUCCUUGGCUGGCUCUUCCAGUACAGUAUCCAGUCCUUCCGAUGGGAAUACAGCAUCUAGCUCUGUUGUGAGAUCUUCAUCACCUGCAACUUCAUCUAUUGCUAGCUCUUCGGUCGCCACUUCUUCUACACCUUCUUCCGCUGCUCAUUCAGUCUCCAGUUCUGCUGUGAGAUCUUCUUCAGCGAAUGCUAGUGCUUCAUCGACUAGGGAUUCAGCCGCAACUGCAUCAGUCGUCAGUUCUUUGAGAUCUUCUUCAGCAGAUGCUAGUCGUUCAUUGACUAGGGAUUCUGCUGCAACUUCAUCAGCCGUCAGCUCGUUGAGGUCUUCUUCCGCCGUUGAUGCACCAUCUAGUUCUGCUUUGAGAGCUUCUUCAGCAGAUGCUAGCGGCUCUUUGACAAGGGACUCAGUUUCAACUUCUUCGGCUGCCAAGUCGUCCAGAUCUUCUUCAACCAGCGCUACGCGAUCAUUAACCAGGGAUAGCGCCGACACUUCUUCCGUUUGGAUCUCCUCUAUAUCUCCUUCUGCUGCACGUUCUUCAGUCGUUACCUUUUCCAGAUCUGCUACAACAAUCAGUCAGCCCAGUAUUAGUUCUUCUGAUACUUUACGUUCUUCAACCAAACGCUCUACUGAAACUCCAACAACCGUUGCCUCUUCGCUAGCCUCGUCAGCCAGUCCAUCGACUACCAGCAACUCGAUCAAGAGUCAAUCUUCACAUCACUCUGACGAGUCUAUCAGAGUCUCAACCACGACUGGCAGUAGUUCGUUUACUCGUGACUCAUUUGGAAGUUCCUCAGUCACUCAAUCAUCAUCAGCGGUUAGGCCAUUGAGCUCCUACUCAAUUAGUGGUAGCUCGUCCAGAAAAACUACAUAUGCAUCAAGCAAGGCCUCAAACCCAUCAAGCGACUUUACAAAUUCGGCUUUUACAGUCACAAAUUUAACUACCAAGAAACCUCAAAGUGGCUCAUCAAGAACGCGGGAUCAAGCAUCGACCGAGGUACCCUCUUUGACUAGAGAUGCAGGUUGGACUGAGACUGGUAUAGCAAGCAAGAGUUCAGCUUCAAAUGCCAUCAGAAGCUCUACUAUGGCUUCAUCAAACACUGGCAUGGCAUCUUGCAGGAUCCCAAUAACUACCACAAUGCAAUCGCUGUCUAGGAGUUCAAGUUUGAGUGAGUUCGAAUCCAAAACUGAAGAGUCAGGCGUCUCUGGAUUCGGUUCGUCAACCGAGACUGGUUCGCCAAACAAACACUCAAUUUCAACUGUGACCGAACCAUUCACGACCGCGAUGGGUCCUUCAACUCCGGCCUCAGCUUUGACAGCUUCGACUAAAUCCGACUCAACCUCCACUAAUGGCGCAAGCACAAGCGAAAUCAGUUUAUUAAGCCAGGAAACAGUACCACCUGUCAUUGCCUCAACAACUGCAUCAUUAACUAGGGAUUCAAUCUCUACCGAAACCAGUUUAUCGAGUAAGGAUUUAACUUUAAUUACAUCCACUUCUAUCAGCACAAUCUCGGUUAAAAGUAGUCAUUUGGCUGUAAACACAGCAGCGACGGAAUCUGGUUUCUCAAGCAAGCCAUCAACUUCAGUCUUAUCCUUCACCAGGGGUAUAACUGAAACCAGCCUACCAAACAAGGAUCCAACCGCUACCGCAACCAUUUCAUCGACUACUGAUUCAGUUCCGACUGAAACAGAUUCUUCAACCAAGGAAGUAACUUCAGAUGCCUCCUACACCGAGGAUUCUGCCUCUGCUUUGACCAGCCCAUUAACCAAUACCCCAGCAUCAACCAUAACGUCCAGCAGCAGUUCCAUUGUUACUAGAAUUGCUUCAUUGAGUAAGGAUUCAACUGAAACCAGAUCCUUCACCAAGAAUGUGGCUGAAAUUGAAGGUACUUCCACAAGUGAGCCAACUGUGACUGCCACAGGUUUGGUGAUUUCCAACAGCAAUGGUGCUGCAACUGAAGUCCCAUCAGACAGAAGCUUCACGACAGCAUACACAGAAAGCUCGAGUGAUAAUAUUGCAAUUACUAAGUCUUCCUCUUCUACACUCGCCUCACCUACUGAUAUUCAAAUCAAUACAAGGAGCGACAUAGUUCAAACUACGUUGAUUUCAUCGUCAUCUGCAGUGAUCACUACUGCACCAACAGCAAGUAUGCACUCUACGUUGCAGCGUACAACGACCAAGGCAUCAUCUCAUUCUAUCACAACAAAUUACCAAGGUUCAGGGUCCCGCUUAGAUUUCAGAUCCCCAUGGUUAUAUUUGGCGAUGAUACCAAUGGCUAUCCUAUGA